AUGAAGUUCUCAUUUACUCUUCUCGGUCUCCUCUCUUCUCAGGCUGUGGCUUCCAAUGUCUUCAAGCGAGCCUGUAAUGCAGACAACUGUUCCCGCGGUAUAGCUGGUACCAAUGGAUCACCUCCUCGUACCUCUAGAAUUGCAGACUGCUCGAAAUUGCUCGCAACAACUAUCACACCAUCAGCUUCAACUGUGACGGUAUCAAUUACUACGACCCUGCCAACUCUUCUAGCGACUUCGACCAUCAUCGUUGAUAAGCGACAAGCAGCAGUUAUUCCAGGCGUACUUCCAGCCUAUGCAACAUACUGUAAAUCAUAUGCUGCAUACACUAGCGCUUGCUCUUGCGCUGGUGUUACACAAACUACAGUGUAUGCAUCAACACCAAUUGUGACGGUGACGGCGACAGCAACAUCGACUCCAUUGCCUCCACCUCCACCGGCAGUUACCUGUCCAACAGGCCAAACAGCUUGCAGUAACACCUGUAUCGAUUUAACCUCAAGCAACGCCAACUGCGGCGCAUGUGGUAAUGCGUGUGCAACCGGAUACGUCUGCGGCCAAGGCCAAUGCGUCCUCCCAUCCACCUACUCCUGCACACCCGGGGGCUUCCCUGCCUGUGGCGGUUCAUGCGGUGGCACUUGUUUCCCUGAUGUAAACGGAGCUGGAGUCUGUAAGAUAUCCGUAUCAUGUGCUGGCUUGACGGCCUGCAACACCGGUGCCGAUUGCGAAAGUACAUACUGUCUAGUGAACGCUUGUGGAAGAGUUUGCGCUGCUACUUCUAAGUUGUGCCCGACUAAUAAUAACCCGAAAAUGCUGUUCGCUAAGAAGUAUGUUGCUCUUGAGGAGAGAACUGUUGUGUUGACUGAGAUUGGUCCAGUUGGUGUAUGA